CGCUGCUGAUGAACUCGAAGUUAUACUCGUAGCGCAGAGGAUUUAACUGUACAUUCACCAGCCUUUGUAAGGAGACGCGUGUAUGAGAAACUGCUGACCUAUAGUCAAUGACAAUGAAGUUUCAGAGAGUAUUAUUAUUAUUAUCAUGUGGCAAAAAAAAAAAACAACCACGAAGCGCAUAAAUUAAACAGUGACAUUUUUGACAACUGCAGCACCAAUGUCACCCAGCUAGCUACCGCUGCGUGUCUGGCAAACCUGCUGUCAGACCCCGGCUUGCGGAGGCAAUCCCAGCCGGCAUAAAGGGGUGUGACCGAGCCGGCUACAGCAGACACACCGCGAACUCUUCCGGCGCUCGCACAUCGUACAAAAGCAAUGACGUGUAGGAGAACUUCGUUUCAUUCUUCGGAGGAAGAAAGCAACGACGACUGCCCUCUUCUUCAAGUUCCCUCCGAGGGGGCUUGGUUUUAAUGGGCAGUUUUCACUCCUCGUCGAGGCGAUUAGGAAUGCGAAGCCGGAUCUUUCGGCAGACCCUCUGCUCAGUCCGAUAGAGCCUCUUGAGCGAGACUCGGCGAGCAGCGGCAGCACCUACAGCGGCUGGUGGGGCGCGCGCGCGUGUAUCUGUGCGCAGCAGCUUUACUCCGCGCUAUCUGAUCCUGCCAGAAAGGGAAAUAUUUAAGAGGCGAAGUGGCUUGGCUCACGCCGUCUUCAGAUCCUUCCUGUGCUCCUUUUUUUUUUUUUGACCGCCUUUGGAGUUUUUAGAUUUUCGUUAAAUCUGCUCCCUCUGGAGGAUUGUUUUAUUAUGUGUCCCAAGCACUGAAAUCGAUUAAUACGGUUCCCGCUUCGAGUUGACACUCACACUGGAUAUUGAUUCGUAGACCUGAGCAGAAGGAUUGCUUCUCGGCUUGCUCAUCAUUUACAAGGGGGUUUGGAAAAAAAAAACGGGACUUUUUUUUUGUUUGUUUUAUUGGCUUAGACUUCUUGACUAGGAAAUGGCAACGCCAGCGCCCGGGAGAGGGACAAGUCUGGGGAAGGAGAGAGGAAAUCAGAGCUAAAUGACAGGAUGCAGGCGACCUGAGACACAAAAAGACGCAUUUCUACAACGUUGAGACAUUUCUUUCUUUUCUUUGCUCAGGCCAAGCAGGAAGAAAGAAUACCCGACCAAGGAUCAUUAAGGAGUUCUGUUUUCUGUUUUUUAUAUAUAUUUUCUUUCAUCAUGAGGAUUCAUUGUGGAUUAGUGUUUCUCCUUUUAACCGGAAUCGUCCUAACUACCAGAGCUUUCAAAACUGAUAAAUGUGGGGAUAAUAUCAAAAUUACAAGCCCUAACUACCUUACUUCACCUGGGUACCCAAACUCCUAUCAUCCGUAUCAGAACUGCGUGUGGGUGAUACAGGCUCCAGAGCCUUACCAGAGGAUUCUAAUCAACUUUAACCCUCAUUUUGAUCUCGAAGACAGAGAAUGCAAGUACGACUAUGUGGAGGUGCGGGAUGGAGGCGAUGAGAACGCCCAGCUGGUGGGGAAGCACUGUGGAAAGAUCGCUCCCUCUCCAGUGGUGUCCACGGGGAACCAGCUCUACAUCAAGUUUGUCUCCGAUUACGAAACACACGGAGCUGGAUUCUCCAUCCGCUAUGAAGUCUUCAAGACAGGGCCAGAGUGCUCCAGAAACUUCACCACAACAAGCGGGGUUAUCAGAUCCCCAGGGUUCCCCGAGAAGUACCCCAACAACCUGGAAUGUACUUACAUGAUCUUUGCCCCCAAGAUGGCAGAGAUUGUACUCGAGUUUGAAAGCUUCGAGUUGGAACCUGACACCACCCCUCCUAUCGGGGUGUUCUGUCGCUACGAUCGGCUUGAAAUCUGGGACGGAUUUCCUGGAGUGGGUCCAUACAUAGGACGAUACUGUGGACAGAAUACACCAGGACGCAUCCAGACUUACACUGGUAUUCUUUCCAUAACCCUCAACACGGACAACGCCAUAGCCAAAGAGGGCUUCUCUGCCAACUUCACUGUCAUCGAGAAAACAGUACCGGAAGAUUUCGACUGCAUGGAGCCACUGGGGAUGGAAUCCGGGGAGAUUACUUCAGACCAGAUUGAAUCCUCAUCCCAGUACAACUCAAACUGGUCACCGGAGAGGUCUAGACUGAAUUACAAUGAAAAUGCCUGGACUCCAUCAGAAGACUCAAGCAAAGAGUGGAUACAGGUAGACCUUGGUUUCCUGCGCUUUGUCUCGGCCAUUGGAACACAAGGAGCGAUCUCCAAGGAAACCAAAAAGGUCUACUAUGUGAAAGCUUACAAAGUGGACGUGAGCUCCAAUGGAGAGGACUGGAUCACUCUAAAGGAAGGCUCAAAGCAGAAGAUUUUCCAAGGGAACACAAAUCCAGCAGAUGUUGCCAAGACGAUGCUGCCAAAGCCAACACUGACGAGGUUCAUUCGCAUUAGGCCUGUGUCAUGGGAGAAUGGCAUAGCCAUGCGGUUUGAGGUGUACGGCUGUAAAAUCUCAGAGUACCCUUGUUCAGGGAUGCUGGGGAUGGUGUCGGGUCUCAUCACCGACGCCCAGAUCACAGCCUCCUCCUACGUGGACCGGAACUGGGUGCCGGAGAACGUGCGCCUGCUGACGAGCCGCUCGGGCUGGGCUCUGCCAUCGCUGCCCCAGCCAUACACCAAGGAGUGGCUGCAGGUGGACCUGGGCGAGGAGCGGCUGGUGCGCGGCCUCGUUAUCCAGGGGGGCAAACACCGGGAGAACAAGGUCUUCAUGAGGAAGUUCAAGAUCGGCUACAGCAACAACGGCUCAGACUGGAAGAUGGUCACGGACGACAGUGGAAGCAAGCCAAAGAUUUUCGAAGGGAAUUCGAACUAUGACACCCCGGAGGUGCGGACUUUUGAGCCUCUUCGAACCCGGUUCCUGCGGGUCUACCCUGAGCGUGCCACAGCAGCUGGCCUGGGUCUGCGCCUGGAGAUCUUGGGCUGCGAGGUUGAAGCUCCCACUAUUGCUCCUACCACAACGACCGUGAGUCUCCCGGAUGACUGUGAGGAUGACCAGGCGAGCUGUUCCAGUGGCACAGGUGAUGACUACGACGUGACAGCAGGAGGCAGUGUUAUGCCGACAGUGGUGCCUACGGAAGUUGACACUGAUGACAUUCCAGAUUUCCUGUGGUUCAACUGUGACUUUGGCUGGGCUCAGGAGUCCACAUUUUGCACCUGGGUCCCUGAAAAAGAGGCAAAUGUUGAGUGGCAGAUACAGUCUGGUGGGACACCCACUCUUAAUACGGGACCUAACCAGGACCAUACUGGAGGAGGUAACUUCAUGUACACUUUGGCCAGCGGCUCUCAGGAGAAUGGGGUGGCUCGACUGGUGAGCCCAAGUGUGUCAAGCCAAACCACGGAACUCUGCCUGUCCUUCUGGUAUCACAUGUUCGGAUCUCACAUUGGCGUCCUGAGAAUCAAGCAGAGGAAGCAGACGGCCGAGGGCACGGCCGAUGUGCUGCUGUGGACUGUCAGCGGGCACCAGGGCAACCGCUGGAGAGAAGGCCGGGUUGUCAUGCCACGUUCGCCUAAGCCCUACCAGGUUGUGAUUGAAGGUGUAGUAGAGAACAAAAGCUGGGGAGACAUUGCAGUGGACGAUUUAAAGAUACUUCAGGACAUUGACAUGGCCGACUGCAAGGACCCUAAUUUUCCAACAGAGUCUGGAGAACCAGAUGAUGUCUACAAUGAAAUUGUAGAAGACUAUACCAUGGAUCCUGACUCCACUGGGGAACAUGAAGACAAUAAUGGGAAUAUGCUGAAGACCUUAGAUCCCAUUCUUAUUACUAUCAUUGCCAUGAGCGCCCUUGGAGUCUUUCUGGGAGCCAUCUGCGGGGUUGUCCUCUACUGUGCCUGUUCCCACGGCGGAAUCUCGGAGAGGAACUUAUCCGCCCUGGAGAACUACAAUUUUGAACUCGUGGAUGGAGUCAAACUAAAGAAAGACAAACUCAACAUACAGAAUUCCUAUUCGGAAGCAUGAGUGAAGGCGUGGAGCCUGGACAAGACUUGUAGUUUUUGAGGUGGCAAACAGGAAUGCUGGUGGUCUUUCAAAGAGAGAGAAAGGAUUGCAGGGUGGUGUGGGACUAUGACUGAGCCAUGCUUUUCUCAGGAGCUACAGUGAAAGAAACCUAUGAGCAGGGGACACUGUGUACAAUAAUUCAAAAUAUGUACAGUCAGAUUAUUAUUAUUUUUUACUUUUUAUUUUUCAUUUUAAUAAUCGGAUGCUGGUUUUGAGACCAAUUAAGAUGACGUUUAAAGUAUUUAUCAUUUUUCUGGAAGGAGAUUGUUCAUUUUAAAGCAUAACGCCCUUUACUUUAUUUUAAACAUGUAAAAACCCAAAAUGAACCAUACUGACAAAUAUGUAGUAUUGCCCUCCUAGGGGACAUACACUGUGUCUCCCCCAGGGCACUGUGCUUGUCAGCCCAGGUAUGGUUCCUGCAGUGCCUUUAUUACAUCUUUGUUGGUUUCUUUUGUUGAUUUUGGAGUUUUACAUCCCUUUAUUUCUAAACACUAGAGCAAAAUGACAUGAGGUGGGCGAGUCAGAGAUAGCUGGCUGGUAUUGACAAGACCCACGUGUGUUGUAUAUAAGGUUAAUAUAUUUUAAUGCCCUUUUUAAAAGCUGCAGUAUCCCUUUUCCAUGGCUGUGUGUUAUAGGGAAUAAUUGUUUGAAUACUUGAUAAAAAUUUUGUUCGUUUUAGGGGUUUUUUUGCUUAAUGAAGAAGUGCAUCUGUGGAUUUUGUGCAUCUUGUAUUAUCUCCCUGACAGUACAUUAGGAGUCAGAUUGUUAGAGUGCACGAUUAAGGAUGUGUGUCUUCAGAGUAGAUGAAAUUGAAAACUAUUCAAAUGAUUUAUCAGACAGAAAGUAUGCCAAACAGCCAACUGCAUUAUAUUAUGAGUUGCACCCAGAAAAAUUAUUCUGCAAUGUGAAUCCUGCUAGGGUAUCUUCCGAUAUCAAAACAUCUGCGACCACUUUAUUUUCCAAUUCUUUCUUCAGCCAUUAUUGACAAAUUGUUUCAAUUUAAGGUAUCUGUGAGCCCAACAUAUCUACAACAAACUACAUCUGGUUCAGGUUAGUUUUAUUAUGGGGUUGUGUUGCUAGGAAACUACUUCUUUAUGUGCCUAUUCACAACAGAGAAAAAAAGGUCAUUUUUCCAUAUUCAGUGUUGCUCAUGGUAAUUCUGAACCCAUAGCUGAAAAACCCAGACUGUUUGUGCUCUCAUCAAUUUUUGUCUCAGUGUAUCAAAUAAUUUGUACCUCCCACAAUCUCAGUGUCGUAGGCGAGCUCUAUGAAGAAACGCUGCCAGAUUUCAUUUUACUGUCACAAUGAAGGAGGAAUGAAAAAUGUCUGCCAGAAAAUCAAAAAAACAUUGGCCUGCCUUCACUUCUGAUUAGCUAUCCAAAUGCUAACCCUGUAGUGCCCAAUUUGAAAAGUCCAAAAUUUUCUGGGUUUGGUCAAUUGUACAAGUUUGGUUGGUUUUGAUGUGAGUUUUCGUUUCACAGAAAUGUAAAACUUAACGAAAAGUUAAGAAGAAAGCAGAGUAAUCUAGCCAAGGAUAUACUCUUGAUAGGAAAAUAAAUUUAAGUACUGAUUGCUGGUAAAAAUGUAGGUAUGUUCUCUGUUAAAGCCUGUCUUUCGUGUCACAUGGUUAACUAAACCUAAAGUGAGUAGAAAGACAAAUCUAUAAUAAAUACAUACGAGAAUAAAUCUAACAGAUUUAGGUUAAGAAAUGGAAUAUACAGUAGUAGUAUUUGUAUUAAAAUUGGUAUCUUACUACUAGUUUAUUCUGUGUGUUUACUAAGGGUCAAUAACUUAUAUUGUUAAGGUAAUUUACAGUCAAUGCAGGUGUAUGAAAAGACCAUGCAUAACUAAUACAUCAGUGGUAACUCUCAGAGGUUGAUUUGCAGAAAUGUUCACUGUGACCUAACAUAUAGUAUGUUUUGUCAAUGCAGCAGUAAAACAAACAUAUCCAGAAUAUGACAGUCUUUACCUCCACUUACCACAUUUUACCCCUGUCUAGUACCCUCACAGUUUCAGUCUUCAUUUCUCCAGCCAUGAAUGUGUUACUUGAAGAUGUAUGAUUAUGGUUGGCAAAGAAAAUCAAUGAACAGGGCAAGAGGUGUUUAAAGUUUUAAUUGGAAAAUAAAUAUGGAGCAAAUGGUCUGGUUUGUGGAUCACAUGACACCCCCUUAAGGCCACAAUGUACAGAACAAUGUUGUAAAAAGAAAACAUAGUUGGUCUCCAUUUUUGGUGUGCAUGUUCUGGAGUAUUUGUCAAUAUAGAUUUUCUGUCUCUGUUAUUUUCUUGAUAUCCCCCCAUUUAAUGAACUGUAAAGGUUUGGUUUAUUAACUAGAGAAAAAGGAUACUGUAGCCUGAAAGAAAAAGAAACAAUGUUGCACUGAAAAAUAUAUUUAAGAAGUUUAUGUGUUUAUAAUAUUGAUUUGUAAAAACAAAAAACUAAAAAAAAACAGUGUUACGAUUUUUUUUCUUUUUAUAUGGUUUCAGAUUAUGUGAUAUAAUUCUGAAAUGUAAAACGAAUAAGAUGUUUUCAUUAUUGAAAAAAGGUAUACAAAUUUCCUAUAGUAAUGUUUCCAUUUUACUGGUAUAUUAUUGCUUUGUUUUGUACUGUCAUAAACUUUUGUGCAGAUUUUUUUACAAAAAAAAACUUUUAUUUUCAAUACUGCUUCUGUAAUUUUGCUGUUGUAGAAAGAAAUAAAAAAACAGCAAGGCCUUAACUUUAAAUAACGUUUGUACUCUGACACAUUGGACCGUCUCAAGAGUUCACCUGUAUCUGUUCUUAUUCUUUACUCUGAUCUAUGACUACUACAUUCCAAAGAUUCAGCUUAAAUAAAUGUUUUGUUAAGAUGUGGCAUUUUUUAUUUGCUGUCUUCACUGCUGAACUUGAAGAGCAAAUUUGAAAUAGGAAGGCAAUUCUCAAUGCCAGCAGCACAGGGUUUUGACUUUGAAAGCGAUAUCAACCAAAGACGUGGCUGGCUUCCUCUUCUGUUUCUGUGUAAGUGGAUUUUUCCUGACAAAGAUGCUCUGGUUUUGAAGACUUGGGUAUCGCAUUGUUCCUGUCAGAGUUUUAUCCUUUCUGUUAUCACAUUCCCCUUUGGACUGCCAAUCAUCUUCCUCGAGGAAUUUCAAAACCACAAAAACAGUUUGCCAGAAUUUUGGAGGAGGAAAAACUCACAAAAGCAUCUUCUCACACUCCGUACAGGAUUAACUCUUAAAAACAUUGUCUGAAUGUGGACUUCUUUUGCUGAAUUUGGAAGGUUAUUUGGAAGGCAAACAAUGACACGUCGACCAACGCAAUGAAGUAAAUGUGUACACAAAUGAACAUUUUCCUCUGGACGGUAACCAUUUUACAGUGAUAAAAUGAGCAGGUGUUGCCCACCAAAAUAUUUUCCGUUGUAUGGUGGAUUAGCAUAGCAUUUCUAUAACUACAAACUACUCUGGUAACAUAACUAGGGGGUUAAAAUAAUGGACUUACAGGUGUUUUCUUCUGCAAUAAUAAAUAUUUGUUCCAAAA